AUGCCUACUUGCGAUGGAUGUGAGCAUCUCUUCACUAAAAAUGGUUAUUCUCGCCACCUAGCUCAAUCUCAGAAUCCUGCUUGCAUCAUCAUAUACGAGCAGAUGCAAAACUACGUACCUUCGGCACCAAAUCUACAUUUCGAGUCACAUCCUCCGAGUCCAACGACUGCAAAGGUAUCCGAAGUACAACACCGAUCUGAUGGCGCAGUCUAUGAGCAUGAAUUAGACAACUUCGAAAACCCACCUCCUAAUAUAUUUGAGGGCGACUACUUUAACACUGCAGCCGAGGACCUGGAAUGGCCUGAGGAUGAUGCUGAAGAAGACGCUGAAGGUGAUGGUUUGGAAUCAGAGGAAGAGGAUAUGGAGGCUGAAGGAGCUGUAGCUGAGCAAGAACGAGACUGGGAGCCUCCUGUUGCAGAGCAGACCAUCGAAGAUCAGGAUUUGCCUAUGGAGGAAGAUAGCACGCACAUCACAGACACAUCUUCCGGCACUCACGGCACUGAUCAAAAUCGAGCUACCCAGGACUUGGAGGAUUCAGACUCGGACCCAGAUGAAGGAUGUCAUCAGAGUGGCUACCGUCACUAUCAUCAGCAGGUGUCCUCUGGCGAGGAGGAUGGAAUUUGGGCACCUUUUACAUCUCAAAUCGACUAUGAGGUUGCGCACUGGGCCAAGACACAAGGCCCUGGUUCUACAUCAUUCUCGGACCUUCUUGAAAUCGAAGGAGUGUGCGAGAAGCUAGGGUUGUCAUACAAGAACUCCCGCAAACUAAACAAAAUAAUUGAUACAAAGAUACCUGCACGCCGGCCUCGCUUCCAGCACAAGGAGAUUUUGGUGGCGGGUGAAGCUUUCGAUGUGUACUGUCAAGAUAUCAUCGACUGUGUCAAAGCGCUUUAUAAAGACCCAGAGUUUGCACCUUACCUUGUAUUUGUCCCAGAGCGGCACUAUACAGAUCAAGACGAGACGCAAAGGCUGUACCACGAUCUACAUACUGGUAAAUGGUGGUGGAAUACACAGAUACACCUCGCCUAUCUGCCCACCACCAAGUUAGAACAUAUUACCAACAAAUCAGCGAGAUGCCGAAGUCUCGCGAAUCUAUUCCAUGCCUGCAUGCGCCAUGUUGUUGAGCCACUGGUAGAGCCAGGUAUCAAUGGGAUGGCAAUCAUGAGCGGAGACAGUGCGUUACGGCGUGGGCAUCCUUUGCUCCUUGUCACAGGCAUCAAGACUGGUGAAUGUCCGAAGUGUGAUAUUCCAUCAGACGAACUUGGCAGUAAGGAUUUGCCUUUUCACACCCGCGAUCUGGGUGACAUUCUUGAUGCACUCGCUCUUGUCGAUGAAGACCCUUACAAGUUUACUAAGGCCUGUCGCAGUGCAGGAAUCAAACCCCUCUAUCAUCCUUUCUGGGAAGACCUACCACAUUGUAACAUAUUUCGUGCCAUCACUCCCGACAUCUUGCAUCAACUGUACCAAGGACUCGUCAAGCACCUGAUCUCAUGGAUCAAAUCUGCAUUCAGCGAUGCAGAAAUUGAUGCGCGAUGCAAACGCUUGCCUCCUAACCACAAUGUGCGAGUCUUCAUGAAAGGUAUAUCCAUUCUCUCGCGAGUUAGUGGCACGGAGCACGAACAAAUUUGCCGGUUCCUGCUGGGAAUAAUCAUUGAUAUUGGCCUGCCAAAUGGCGCAUCACCACUCCAACUGGUCCGUGCUGUAAGAGGCCUGCUUGACUUCCUGUAUCUUUCACGCUAUCCUUGUCACUCACAACGAACCUUGGAUCUUCUGGACGAUGCGCUCAAUCGCUUUCAUGACAACAAGUCAAUAUUCGUGGAUCUUGGUAUCCGUUCGUCGUUCAAUUUGCCUAAGCUCCACUCCUUUCGACACUAUGUUUCAAUGAUUCAACACUUUGGAACGACCGACAACUACAAUAUCGAGUAUACCGAAUGGCUUCAUAUCGACCUCGCAAAGGAUGCCUACUGCGCAACAAACCACAAAGAUGAGUAUAUGCAGAUGACCCUUUGGCUCGAGCGACGAGAAAAGAUUCUUUGGCACCAUCAAUUCAUUCAGUGGCGUCGUUCCUUAGCUUCCUCAAAUCAGCACCAAUCAUUCAGUUAUUCCCCGCCACACGUUGAUCUUCUGUAUUCCCGACAAUACAAAGUCGCAAAGCACCCCUCUGCUAAACGAGUGACUUUCUCGGCACUUGCAGCCGAGUAUGGUGCAGUGCAUUUCCGUGCAGCCCUCGCACGUUUUGUAGUGCAGGUCACAGAGCCGGAUCUGACUGCACGACAGCUCGAGGACAUGGCCGUGGAUGUGAUACUCCCUUUUCAAUCUGUGGCCGUGUUUCAUAAAAUCCGUUACAACAUCAUCAAUGAUGACGGAACACCGAACAACCUUACUGUCGACUCGAUUGAUGCUCGACCAGCCAGACACGACCGCCACCAUAGGAACGUGCCUGCUAGGUUUGACACGGCACUUGUGAAUUUGGGUAUUGGUGGACCUUUGGGUGUGGAAGGAUACUGUGUAGCACAGGUCCGGGUUGUGUUUUCCCUUUCGGCGAAAGCAAAAAUAGCAAUGUUUCGCAACUUAAACGUCCCUGAUCACCUCGCAUAUGUCGAAUGGUUCACGCCAUUUGCCAACAGACCACAGGCCAACCAUGGCAUGUAUAAAGUUUCGCGGGCUUUUCGUGAUGGUAAGAGGCAGGCGAGCAUCGUGCCUGUCCGCAAUAUCCGACGUUCUAUCCACUUGAUGCCGAAGUUUGGACCUGUGGCUCCUCGGGAAUGGACAACAAGCAAUGUAUUAGAUAGGUGUAGCACAUUUUUCGUUAAUACCUUUACAGAUAGAGAUGCAUAUGUAACUUUGUUUUAG